AUGAACCAGCAACUGAAGAAACCGGCAAAGACGAGACUCCAGAAAGGCCUGGGUGGAAGAGCCCCCAGUGGGGCUAAGCCCAGGCAAGACAAGGCAAGCCAAGACCUGCAGGCGGAAAUAGAACCUGUCAGUGCGGUGUGGGCCUUAUGUGAUGGCUAUGUGUGCUAUGAGCCUGGCCCUCAGGCUCUCGGAGAGGAUGAUUUCUCGUACUGUUACGUAGAAUGCAUCAUAAGGGGUGAGUUUUCUCAACCCAUCCUGGAAGAGGACUCACGUUUUGAGUCCUUGGAAUACCUAAAGAAAGGAUCAGAACAAGAGCUUUCUCAAAAAGUUCUCGAAGCAAGCACCCUUCUUGAAUGUUCUUUGGAAUACAUGAAAAAAGGGGCAAAGAAAGAGCUUCCUCAAAAGAUGGUUGGAGAGAAUUCGCUUGAGUAUUCUGAGUACAUGGCAGGCAAGAAGCUUCCGCCUGGAGGAAUACCUGGCAUUGACUUAUCAGAUCCUAAACAGCUCGCAGAAUUUGCUAGAAAGAAGCCCCCCAUAAAUAAACAAUAUGACAGUCUGAGCGCAAUCGCUUGUCCUCAGAGUGGAUGCACGAAGAAGUUGAGGAAUAGAGCUGCCCUGAGAAAGCAUCUCCUAAUUCAUGGUCCCCGAGACCACAUCUGUGCGGAAUGUGGGAAAGCUUUCUUUGAGAGCUCAAAACUAAAAAGACAUUUCCUGGUUCAUACUGGAGAGAAGCCGUUUCAGUGCACUUUUGAAGGGUGCGGAAAGCGCUUCUCUCUGGACUUUAAUUUGCGUACACAUGUACGCAUCCACACGGGGGAGAAACGUUUUGUAUGCCCCUUUCAAGGCUGUAACAGGAGGUUUAUUCAGUCAAAUAACCUGAAAGCCCACAUCCUAACGCAUGCAAAUGCGAACAAGAAUGAACAAGAUGGAAAGUAG